GAUAACAUACUUUGAAUGAUGAUGAUGAUUUUUUAUUUAUCUAAUAGGUGAAUGUUCCAAAAACAAGACGCACAUUCUGCAAAAAAUGCAGAAAGCACAUGAACCACAAGGUGACCCAGUACAAGGCUGGCAAAGCUUCGUUGUAUGCUCAAGGAAAGAGACGUUAUGACAGGAAGCAAUGUGGAUAUGGUGGUCAGACCAAGCCUGUGUUUCACAAAAAGGCUAAGACAACAAAAAAGAUUACACUUAGAAUGGAAUGUACAGAUUGCAAAUAUAGAAAGCAACUAGCCAUCAAGAGAUGCAAACAUUUCGAGCUGGGUGGAGACAAGAAGCGAAAGGGACAAAUGAUCCAGUUUUAAGCUGUGAUGAACUCGCCAUAUACGUAUAUGAACAUGAAGUGGUGUUCAGCAGUUUAUUCUAUUUCUUAAUAACUGGUUGUGUAUAUUAAAAACAAAACAAUACCGAGCAAA